GCAAAAAGGAAAAGUAAAAGGCCGCCGCUGAAAUUCAACGUCCUGUUGACAUGGAAUAGCUACACUUGGCGGUGAUCAGAGCACUAGCUGCUUAUGAUAUGAUGCAGUAUGCCUCCCUGGGAGAGGCAAACAUGUCAGAAGAAAAUCUUUUCUAUGUGUGCCAUCAGCUCUCUCGUCCUUCUGUUCGGGUCACUGGCGUUCACUGUCAUAUUUUUCACUUUCAGAUGGAAUGAUGGUGAAAAGAAAGGUAUUCAGGAUAUGAGUCAUGACCCCAGUGACAGCAUGUAUGAUGACUGCAGAGUCCAACCAGCAACUGUGGCUGAUGAGCACAUGAUCCGGAGGUGGGAUCACAGUACAAACUCAUGUCAGGCCUGGAAUGAUGACCAGCAAAAAGCUAAAGAGCCAGCACACAUGUACAUGGAGAAAAAACAUUCAGCCGCCAUUUACAUGUACACAAGUGUCGCACUGCUCCCUGACAACCAAGACUUCAAGACUGCAGCUAAAAGGAAAGAAAGAACUGCUGCAAAGGAGACAUUUGAUCACUGCUCCCUUUAUUUUUACCUGAGCGAAGCCAUUCAGAUACUGAAACAUGGCCAGGUGUCAUGUUUUAACACAUACUACAAAACAGAGACAUUGUUGAAUCAGAAUAUUUCAAAGAAACAGAUGCGAUUCAGCACGUUCGUUUUAAGCUCUCUCAGUCGGGAUAUAAGCCCUCCAGGGAGCGCUUCCUGUUUUGAGAUUUACACCUGUUUUGGUGCUGAGAUAACACAUUAUUCAGCCUUGAAACAAAGCGGCCAGGUGCUGAUUCCUCCCUAUGAGGUUUUCAAAGUUUCUAGCAUCCAGACAGACGCACCAUCAUGUGAAGUCACCUACACACUGAGGAGUAAUCUGAACUGUGUUUAUAACAGAGAGAGCAACACGUUGCAUCCGAUAUCUGCAGUACCAGUGGAUGGAUUUUUGCUUAUCAUCAUCAUCAGUAGUAUCGCCAUUGUAUCUUUAAUGCUGACCUUGGUGAUUGUUAAAGUGUUAGAAAACCGCAAGGAAACUGCUGCUUAUAGUGUUUCAUCUAUGCACAGUGCUCCUUACAGCUCUGGAGUCGUGAUUUAGAAGGCAGUGUAGUGUUUAGAGUCUGUCUUACUGAAGCUCAAAGCAUCAAAAACUUGUACAGUAGCCAGUAUUUUUUAACUUUAAACUGUUCAUGAAGUCGGAAAAA